ACCUGCACUUAAUUAUAAAAUUAUUAAAUUAAACCUAAAACCGCAGAUCUAAGAAGAAACCCUAAUCGGCUAAAUGGGAAAGAAGAAGAAAAGAGUAUCGUCCAAGGUAUGGUGCUACUAUUGCGACAGAGAAUUCGACGACGAGAAGAUCCUUGUGCAGCACCAAAAGGCCAAACACUUCAAGUGCCACGUUUGUCACAAGAAGCUCUCCACCGCCGGUGGUAUGGCCAUCCAUGUGCUCCAGGUUCACAAGGAGUCCGUCACAAAGGUUCCCAAUGCAAAGCCUGGCAGAGAAUCGACUGACAUUGAAAUAUAUGGAAUGCAAGGAAUCCCACCUGAUGUGCUGGCUGCUCACUAUGGAGAAGAAGAAGAAGAGGUUCCAUCAAAAACAGCUAAAGUGGAUAUUUCGUCUACUCAGCUUGUGGGAGGUUUGGUGCCAGGGCCACUUGGUGCUGGAUAUCCUCCUCGAACAACUUUAGGAGCAGUGCAGCCAGUGUAUAAUGCUGCAGUGCCUAUACCUCCUGCUGGUUGGGCAGUGCCACCUCGUCCACAGCCUUGGUUCCCACAGCAUCCUGCAGUUUCAGUUCCUCUGUCUUCACCUAUGGGAUAUGUGCAGCAGCCAUUAUUUCCGGUGCAAAAUGUGAGGCCCCCUUUGGCAGUGGCUUCAACAUCACCUGCACUCCAACCUUCACAAAUUGCUCCACCUGGAUUGCCUAUAUCAACGCCUACACUUCCUGUAUCCCAACCGUUAUUCCCUGUUGUCAAUAACAGUGUACCUACUCAGAACUCAUCAUUUUCUACUUCUUUGCCUACAAGUGUUCCACCAAGCACUUCUGCAGAAGUAAAAGGCUCAAUUGAAGUGCAUUCUAAUGUUAAUACUUCUAUGACAGGUGUAGCUGGAGUUAAUUCUCAUUCUUAUGCUUCUGGUCCCAAUACUGGUGGUCCAUCAAUUGGACCACCCCCUGUCAUUGCAAAUAAAGCUCCUGCUAUCCAGCCAGCAGUAAACGAGGUUUAUUUAGUUUGGGAUGAUGAUGCGAUGUCCAUGGAAGAGAGAAGAAUGUCCUUAGCCAAGUAUCAGGUGCAUGAUGAAACUAGCCAGUGUGGGGUUUGGGUGGAACAAGAUGAUACCCAACAGAUUUUUGCUCAAUCGUAGCUUCAUUACAAUUUAUUUUAUUGAUCGUGAAUUCAGACUUUUCCAGAUGAGCUCUAUUGAUGCAGCAAUAGACAGAAGGAUCCUGGAAAGCAGACUUGCCGGUCGAAUGGCAUUUUAGUUGAACUAGAGGAGGGGAAUGCAUCUUGGUGGACACAUGAUCAAAUAAUGUGGCAUGGCUUGCAUGAAUUGGAAUGAGGGCCUUGGGUUGGUUACCCCCAAAUUUCUCAAUCAAUUUUUGGGUCUGGCAACCAAGUCCAGAUGUGAUUUUGUUGUAUUCUUUGCAAAGUGAGGGAGAAAAGUGACACGAUUGUCAUUUAUUUCGCUUACCUUUUGUUUCUUAGUUACUCUAAAACCUGUUAGGAUAUAAUUUUUGAGCUUUUAACUCUCUAGAUUUUAUUCCAAUUUGGGACCUAUUAGGAUGUUCAUUUGAGUUUUACUAUUAUUAUUGAAUGAAGUGGAAUGUAGGAGAUAUUUGAAGAGUAUAAAUGUAUUUUUCCUACAUUUGAAGAAGGCCGGAGGGGGGGAGUAGGGAGUUAAAUGAUUUCUUAAGCUCUCAAGCCACUAAGAUUUGAUUUGUUUAUUAUCUACCAGAAUUCGAGCUCAAAC